AUGUGCCUGUGGUUCGCUGUUCUUGCUAAUAGUAGUACCGUCGCAGUUCCAAAGAAACUCAGCAUUGAUCUUCGGGAAUGGAAAAGCGAAUGUAAUUGCUCGUGUUCAACUGAAAUAUCAAAUUGUACAAUAAACGAAGCCUAUUCCAUGAGGGGCAAUCUUUGGAGGAAGCGAAACUAUCCGCCAGAGUUGCUGCCAAAAUCAUCGCGGUUUUUAUCCUGUGAACCAAACCCAGACAAAUUUCGAUACUUCUUAUUCAACCUCAGCUGCAAAGGAGAACGUGCGUACGUUAUAUAUAAACGGAGUGAGCUCAUCAACAUACAACUUUUAUCUACAUCACGUCCAUCAAAAAAAGAAAGAGGGACUAAUCGCAAUCCUCCGAACAAAUUAGCUAUUGGUCUGUCCGUUGGUUUUGCUUUAUUGGUAACUAUUAUCGUUUGUUGGACAUGGAUUCAUUGUCGAAGAAGAAAAGCGAAAGAAAAAUCUGAUAGGAAGAAUCAACAUCCAGAACAUGGAUAUAUUGACGAGGAAGAGGACAGUGUCCCGUACCGUAUCGUGGAUCUUCAGACAAAUAUUUCCACUGACGCCUCGGGUUAUACCUUCCUUGAAGCAAAAAAGGACGAAGAGCAGCCUUACAUGAAGUUAAAACCAAACUGUAGCAGAAUUCAUAAUGAGGAGGGCGAUAUGGGAGAAACAGAAAAUGGGAACCAUUCCUUCGAAGAAAUCGCUGAUGAACCUGUGUACUUUAUGUUAGAAGGAAAAGGAAAGUCAUCAAAAACGUGAAAACCUAUGUGACACGAAACUUCAA